UCCUUCUCCUUUGAUCUGGGCUUCGAAUGUCUUCUCACUCUACAGUUAGUGAUGACCUCUGCACAAAAAUAUCUUGGCAUAUCAGAAGAAGCUACCAAAAAGAGAUGUCCAGGCCAUUCUCAGGGUCUUGUACCCAGUCUACAUGCUAAACUGGGAACUUCUGCUGAGAAACUUCUCAGGCAUAAAUGGAUCGAAGAUAGUACUGAGAAUAAGGGUCUGAAGAACAAAGGUGAGAUGGUACAGACCAUAUUGCGAAUAUACUUGGAAGCCAGUGGAUCCACAUCUGAUUUGCUUGAUGAGCUUGCUUGUACUAUUUUGCCUCAGGCCUCUCUAUCCAAGUCAACAGGAGAAGAUGAUGAUGCCCGUGAUCAUGAAUUCCCUACCCUAUGUGCAGCUACUUUCAGAGGAUGGUACAGGACAUUGCAUGAAGAGAAUAUUGCAAUUCUUAACAAACUGGUGAAGACGGUUAGCUCAGUGAAACGACAAAGCUGUCAAUCUGAAGCUACUGAAGCACACUUGAAAAAGAUUCAGAAAACUGUAAAUGUGGUAGUGUCUUUAGUCAACUUGUGCCGAUCUCAUGAAAAGGUGACAAUCCAUGGCAUGGCUAUCAAGUAUGGUGGGAAGUAUGUGGACUCGUUUCUAAAAGUUUUUGAUUUCCUGGAAGCACAUUUUCAAGAUCAUAAGGACCUCGUCAUCAAGUUGGUCAAAGAUCUCCAGAAGGCUACAAGAACAUUACAGACUCUAUGUUCUGAAGCCAAGGGUAUGAAACAAACAGCCAUAACCAGCAAAAUUCCAGCAACAAAGAGAUCUUUAGAGCGUUUUCUGUUUCACGUUAAAGCUCUUCUCCAUACAACAUCAGGCGGCUCCAACUUCUGGAUGGGUAGCUUGAAACACAAGGACUUGAGUGGGCAGAUAGUGAGUUCUCAGGCUUAUGUAGAUAACGAAACAGAUGAGGUUGAAGAAACCGUUUCCGGAGAAGAAGAGCCCAUGCAAGAGGAUGAACUUCCCUUGACACCUUAAUUAGACUGCUAAUUAUAACUUUCUAUGUUAAUUAAUUUCUUAGUAUCUAUACACG